AUGGAUUCAUUUAACAUUCAUGGCAUUAAAGUCGAGAAGGUUAACACGAUCUUUAGGUACGACAAGCGUCAAAUGAUCACCAUCCUGCUUAGAUUCAUGGAGCUGUGUGUUAUCUUGAUCCUUCUCUCCAGAAGUUCCAUUCAACUGCCUUUUGCUUUCAAACUGUCUGAUGAAUACUUCAGGGGACUAUUUAUCACCUUAAUUAGUCCCCGGUUCGUGUUUGUAAUUGGAAACGCGAUAAUCGUCAUUCUGUUCAUGAAAUCGGGACAGUUAUCAACCAAAGAUGGUGAAAAACACAGCAAGAUUGGUGUAUAUGAUGAGUACAUGGAGAACUGUCGAAAGAAAAACAUUGAGAACCAAAAACCGACAAACAACAUCACUUGUUGUGAUCACAAGAAGAGGAAGAUACACAGGAGUCAAUCAGAGAAAAUGGAAAGGAUGCACUGCGAGGAUCCUCACUGGGAAUUAAGGCGGUCGAUGACAGAAAGGUGCCAGAAAAGUGUAAAUUGCGUUAAGAAACCGGGGGGUUCUUCAUGUGCCAAGGAUAAAAUGAGUAGUGAAGAGUUUCGGCGCACUGUUGAGGACUUCAUCGCUCGGCAACAGAGGUCUCUAAGGGAAGGAUAA